UUGCUCACUUCUUCAACCUUGUUUUCUCAAUCGCGGGAUUGCUGAAGAAGAACAAGAGGAACAACGAACAAAGCUGAACGAAAUCACUGAGAUAGAGAGAGAGAAAGAAAAGAAAAGAGUGAUAGGAUGAGCAGCAUAGGAACUGGUUACGAUCUUUCUGUCACUACCUUCUCUCCCGAUGGCCGCGUUUUCCAGAUCGAGUACGCCGCCAAAGCCGUCGAUAACAGCGGGACUGUCAUCGGUUUAAAAUGCAAGGACGGAAUCGUAAUGGCUGUGGAGAAACUGAUUGCAUCCAAGAUGAUGUUGCCUGGAUCCAACAGAAGAAUUCACUCUGUUCAUCGUCAUUCUGGCAUGGCUGUAGCUGGAUUAGCAGCAGAUGGGAGGCAGAUAGUUGCUAGAGCAAAGUCUGAAGCAGCAAAUUAUGAAAGUACCUAUGGGGAGCCAAUUCCUAUCAAAGAGCUUGCUGAUCGUGUUGCUAGUUAUGUGCAUCUGUGCACUUUGUACUGGUGGCUUAGACCUUUUGGAUGCGGUGUCAUUCUUGGAGGUUAUGAUAGAGACGGACCUCAACUAUACAUGGUGGAACCAUCUGGCGUGUCAUAUAGGUACUUUGGUGCUGCGAUUGGGAAAGGAAAGCAAGCUGCCAAAACAGAAAUAGAAAAGCUGAAGCAUUCAGAGAUGACCUGUCGUGAAGCAAUAAUUGAGAUUGCAAAGAUUAUCUAUAAGGUGCAUGAUGAGGCGAAAGACAAAGCCUUCGAAUUGGAAAUGAGUUGGGUCUGUGAUGAAUCAAACCGCAGACAUGAGAAGGUUCCGGAAGAGCUGUUGGAAGAAGCAAAGGAUGCUGCCAAGGCCGCACUUGAAGAAAUGGACGCCGAUUAACUUUACUUGGUUUUUUCUUUAGUUUCAUAUCGUAAGCAUGAUUAUGAAUGAUUACUCAAGACUUUUGCAGACUCGUUUGUUCCAUCCAAUGAUUUUAAUGUAAUCCGAAAGUAAUUGAACCAUUUCCAGUAUUCACUUUUCUUCUUAAUUUUAUUUAUCACACUUGAAUCAAUGGAAGGAUUUAUUGUCCAACUCUUGAAAAAAUCAUCUAAAAAAUUCCAAAUCAUUUCUUU